UCUUGGAAUGCACUGCUGUGGAUAAAAGUGAAUUACUGUACUUAAUUUACCCUUGUGUCUCCCUUCAGGAUGGAUUGUAGGAAUGCCCUAUGGAAAAUUACAAUCAAACAUCAACUGAUUUCAUCUUGUUGGGGCUGUUCCCACCAUCAAGAAUUGGCCUUUUCCUCUUCAUCCUCAUUGUUCUCAUUUUCCUAAUGGCUCUAAUUGGAAACCUAUCCAUGAUUCUUCUCAUCUUUUUGGACACCCAUCUCCACACACCCAUGUAUUUCCUACUUAGUCAGCUCUCACUCAUUGACCUAAAUUACAUCUCUACCAUUGUUCCUAAGAUGGUUUCUGAUUUUCUGUAUGGAAACAUGUCUAUCUCCUUCAUUGGAUGUGGGAUUCAGAGUUUCUUCUUCUUGACUUUAGCAGUUGCAGAAGCGCUACUCCUGACAUCAAUGGCCUACGAUCGUUAUGUGGCUAUUUCCUUUCCUCUCCACUAUCCCAUCCGUAUGAGCAAAAGAGUAUGUGUGCUGAUGAUAACAGGAUCUUGGAUGAUAGGCUCCAUCAACUCUUGUGGUCACACGGUAUAUGCUCUCCAUAUCCCAUAUUGCAAGUCCAGAGCCAUCAAUCAUUUUUUCUGUGAUGUUCCAGCUAUGUUGACCCUAGCCUGCACGGAUACCUGGGUCUAUGAGUGCACAGUGUUUUUGAGCAGCACCAUCUUUCUUGUGUUUCCUUUCAUUGGUAUUAUGUGUUCCUAUGGCCGAAUUCUCCUCGCUGUCUACCGCAUGCACUCUGCAGAAGGGAGGAAGAAGGCCUAUUCGACCUGCAGCACCCACCUCACUGUAGUGACUUUCUACUAUGCACCCUUUGCUUAUACCUAUCUACGUCCAAGAUCCCUGCGAUCUCCAACAGAGGACAAAGUUCUGGCUGUCUUCUACACCAUCCUCACCCCAGUGCUCAACCCCAUCAUCUACAGCCUGAGAAACAAGGAGGUGAUGGGGGCCCUGACACAAAUGAUUCAGAAAAUCUUCUCCAUGAAAAUAUAGAGAAACGUUCUGUCUUAGAGUCAAAGCACAAGGUUCAUAUCAACUUAGCCAUGUACAGCAGUGAAGAAAAACAUUAUUACAUGCCCAGUGUAU